AUGCGGGAGGAGGUGCCUACCCGGCCUGUGCGUCCGACUGGUCCCUGCUGCUGCGCUGGCUACUGCCCUGUCUGGGCCCUCGGUGCCUCCUCUCCGGUCGUCUCUCUCCCCCUCUCCUCUCCUCCACCUACCUGUCCUCUCCCCUCCCCCUCUCUACCCUCCUCCAACCCUCCCAACCCCCCUGCUCGAUCCCCUGCUUCCGCUCUCACUCCCUGGUCCUCCCCUCCCGAUCCCGCUCCCCCCCCUGUAUCUCCGUCUGCUCUCUGCUGCUCUCGCCCCUACCCCACCCCCGGGCCCACACCCGUAGCUGAUGCUGUCCCCACUGCCUCCCGCUGCCCGGCUGUCCCGCCUCACCCCUCUGCUCCAGCGGUCCCUCAGCCUGUGUCUCCUCCCCCACCACCGGCUGUCCCUGCCGCUCGAACUGCCUCCAUUUGUGUGAACAGCGUGGAGUCCUCCACCUUCACCGCAAAGCCCACCUCGACCGUGAAGUCUCGAAGCAUGUACUUCACCGUGUCGUGGAUGGUCGUGGCAAUGCCGAAUCGUGGGCACCGAACCGCGUGA